AUGGAGGCCACAAUCAAUCGACAAGCAGCCAUGAAGCUUCGCGCACGCCUGUUGUCAUCGUGGUUGACGCCGGACCAGGCACUGCAGUCAGCUGGGCUGCGAGAUCGCUGGCGGCUGACUGAAGCCGAGCUGCGGGAAUUGUUUGAGGCGGAAGUUGAGGCAGCAUCAUCGCCUGAACAAGUUAGUCUCGAGAAGCAGAGGGCAAUAUCGGCUGCUGGCCGAUGGCGUCUCAGAGUUGAGGCCGGUGUCCAAAGACUUUGUGCACAGCUGCAGAAGCAGGAUCCGGACAGUUUGCUUCCGAUGAUUCUUCGACGGGAGCUUCUAUUCGCCCUUUCGCAAAGUGCGCCCAGGGAAGGCUUCCGUGCUUGGGCGGCUCGUCGGUGCACUGCAAACGACUGGGAAGAACUUCGACAUGCGGGGCCGGCUUCUGGAUACCUCGAUCUCGAGUCCUUCUGCGAGAUGGUUGUGCUCGAGGCUGGCCACAUCGACGAUGCCAAGGAGUGGUUCCAGCAUUUGAAGGACCUCACUGAUGGUUCUACCUGCAUAUCGUAUGCGCUCCUGCGGCAGACAGCGGUAGGUUGCCCUAAGCUGCCGGGUGCGGCAGACUCUGCUGCACCAUGGGAGCCCACUGAGCUUUUACCGAGACUGCUUUCAGUCUGGACAGAUUUGACCGAAGCCUUCGGCUGGGAGAGACAGGAGCUCCGUGAUGUCAUCCGUGACCGUCAGCAGGACAAACUGACGCAGACCGCCGGUCCUCGGGUCAGCCACCAGCAGUGGCUUUACGCUCUGCGUGGCAAGCCUGAGUGGCCGCUGCUCAGUGAAACGGAGGCGCAGGAGGAGGCCCAUCGCCUCGGGGCAUUGGGGCUGACGGCCGACAGGCUGUUCCCAAACCUCUCCGACAGACUUCAGGUCACCAAGAACCUCUUCUUGCCUGGGGAGCUCAUCGUGGUUCGAUACACGCUGAGCGACUUCGGGCACUAUGGAGUUUGUGGGCCGUCGCCCAUGGUUCUCGGCCCAGACCUGCCCUUGGGCAAGGCGCCCUUCGUCGCUGCCGUGCCAGCUCAGCCGGAGCUCGCGGGCUUCGAGGAAGCCUGGAGCCGCAGUGCUCUGGACGUCUCGCUGGUGCGGGGAGCCGUUCGCCUGAGGGCUCCGGGUGCUCUGCGGGGUACCUCCGCGUUCUGGCACCUGCGGAUCUUCGCUUCGGACGAUGGGCGCACCCCAACGUCUGCAGUUAGUGCACCCUUGCUGAUUCAGGUGAUGACAGUACCUCCUGCACCUCCAAGUGAAGUGGUUGCUGAGGGCAGGGACACGUCAAUUUCCUUUAAGUGGGCCGAAUGUGCUCAAAAUGGCGGUGCUGCAGUUGACAGAUACGAUAUAGCUCUCCGGUAUGCGGAGUCAUCCAAGCUGGCAUGGACUGGACAUGCUCAGGAGCCCGUGAUUACAGCCACAUCGCUGACCCCAGAUUGCGACUACACGGUUCAAGUUCGUGCGGCGAACCGUGCCGGCUGUGGCCCCUGGAGCCCAGGGUUUGCUGCGAGGACGGCGGCACGGCCGCCUCCUCCGCAGGUCCUUGCGGUUGGCAGGGAGACUGUGCUGCUGAGAUUGCCUGUUGAAAAGGCAGGAAAUCUGACCGGCUAUGUGGUGAAGGCUGUAUGCUGCACGACCGGCGAGCCAGAGACGUCCGGUGACAGCGAGAUCGUGAAAAGAAGUGGUCCAAAGCAGACAGAAGUGCUGCUGACUGGCCUUCUUUGUGCAACCAGCUAUCGCUUAUGUGCAGCCCGUCUGAAUGCCAGUGACCAGGGCCCGUGGAGCACGUGCAUCCAGGUUCGCACCAAGGCUGGGACACCCCUCCCUCCGGAGAGCUUGACCUGUUUGGAAACCAAGCAAGAGGAGCUAUGUGUCAGCUGGAGCCCACCUCCGCGUGACGGUGGAGCAGCCAUUUGCGGCUAUGUCCUUCGCGCAGUUUGUGGACCGGGCAGUAAGGACAGCGUCCUCUGCAAG